AAAAAAUAUAUAUAAAAAAAAUAGUCAAAUAGAUAAUUCCCACCAAGUGGUCACGUGAUAUGCACGAAGAGGGUGAGAAUAAAAAAGAAAAAAGAUAGAGAGAGAAGAGAAAUCCCCAAAUCGCGAAUUGCGGCAGCGGCGGCCGGAGUAGUACUGGUGGUGGCAACUCCGCGGCGAAUCGGGAAAGCCCCCCAAGUUUCAUUCUUUCUUGUUGGCAUUGUCUCGUCUUCAACUGGGGCUAGGUGAAAUAAAGGAAUGUUUGGAGUUACUGCUAGUGACGGAAGUAGGAGACGUUUACCGCAAUGGAUGCUGGGCGGGUCAUCUACUGGCCAAGAGGGGAAGUCCAGCAAUGUUGAAGAAAGGGGCAACCAGCUUGAGGAAGGACUUGCUUCUCAAGAGGCAGAAACUGUGACUGCAAAACCUGGUAAAGGGAUCUGGCGUCGUGAAAAGGAAACACUGGGAGAAGGCUUGCAUGUUCUUCAAAAGUGUGAGGCAAAGAAAAGAAAGAGAAAAUCAACUCAACAAGAUGAAGAAUUUGAAGGUAAUGACCCAGUAGCUGUUCUAGAGAAGAAGUGUAGUGGGCGUGGGAGAAGAAAAGUUCAGGAAUCUAUUGCUGCAGAUAGGCAAAAAGCAAAGGCUCCUGGAAAAGGGAUUCAUGAAAAGAAAACGUUGGGAGAGAACUCAUACAUUCUUGCAAAAUGUGAGACAAAAAGGAUUAGUAGUAAAACUAAUGAACAAGAUACGGAUUUUGAUGGCAACGCACCUGCAAGUUUUACAGAGAAGAUUGGACGUGAGAGAAGAAAAGUUCAAGAAACAGCUGUCCUGAAGAGACAAGAAGCAAAGGAUUCUAGCUGUGGAAGUGGUGAGGAACGAGAAGUCCAGACUUCAAGUGAUGAUGAUGUUGAACUGACAGCAGAAGAUUUAGUGAUGAUUGCUGAAGAGUACAUAAAAGCUGAUAGGAAAUUAGUGCCAGAAAAAGCAUCAAAUCAAGAAUGUGAAUCAGGCAGCAGACUUGCACUAAGAGUCGCUUCCAGUUGUAAGUCAGAUGAUUCUAUGGACUCCCAAAACUGUAACGCAAGAUCACUCAUCCAAGAUGCUACCAGGUCUAAGCCUAACGGGAGCUCGACUAGUGAAGAAAUUGCCUUGAACUCCAAUAGAACAGGGGAUCCUGCUCAGGACAUGCUGGAUCUGUUUUUAGGCCCCUGGCUGAAGAAACCUGUCGAGAAGGAAGCAAGGACUGACAUUUUGACAGACGAUCUGGCAUUUUCCUACAGAGUCGAGUCACAAACUCAUAGUAAUGUUGUUAAAGAAGAAAUUGCCCCCAUAAUGAAGAAGAAGACCAGUCUGAAAGACAAGGUGGCAAUGUUUCUUGACUGAAUCAGAUGUUUCAAUCUGUUACAGAACCUCUACAGGACAAUGAAGUGUAUAGCUUUUGUUCCUUACAAGACACUGAAGAUUGAUUGGAUACACCGAUUAGUCUUCUGUGCAGAUUUAUCAUCUCGCGGCCGAUGUUGCUCAGCUACAAAUUUCUACUCUCAAAAUUGGUUUUCCAGCACAAACCCUAGGAUUUGGUGAAAGGGUGUAUAUUACUUGACACUAGUAUCAACUGCUUAUUCUUUUUGUAAAUCUUUUGAGUUGAGAUAUCAGUUAGGUGUAUAUACUCAAAGAGAUGCUGUUUUAGUAAUAUAGUCAUUCAAUUUAGUAAGGUUUAGGGUUUUAGGGUUGUUAUUACAGUUCUGGUGAAGCAACCUUCAACAUCAUUUGACAUUAUUUUACGGCUGAAGUUUAGGGCUUUAGUGUUACUCAGUGCUGUCUCGUUAUUCUUAUGUUGCUGUGUUCAUUCUGUAUUCUUGUUUUUCUUUGUGCUGUCUUUUGUUUUUAGUUUGUGUUGUCCUUUCUCUCACUCAUUGAUUGGCUGCAUCGAUUAGUCCUCUGUGCAGAUUUAUCAUCGCGCCACAGAGGUUGCUCGGCUAGAAACUUCUACUCUCAGACUUGGUUUUCCAGCACAAGCCCUAGGAUUUGGUGAAAGGGUGUAUAUUACUUGACACUGGUAUCAGUUGCUUAUUCUUUUUUGUAAAUCUUUCGAGUUGAGAUAUCAGUUGGGUGUAUAUACUCAAGGAGCUACUGUUCUUGAUCUGUAAUAUAGUCAUUCAAUUUCUCUGAUAUCAUAAA